AUGCGUCGGUUGCUGUUGCUGCUGGUUUGUCCCGGUGUGUUGGGGCUCUUCUUGCAGCUGUGGCUCUUCUCCACUCCACACCACCGGCUAGUGAUUGGCAUCCUGUCAGCCCGCCAGCACCGCCCACUGCGGGACACAAUACGGAGCACCUGGGGCUCACAGAGGCCCCACCAACCUCUCCUGCGCUUUAUUGUUGGCUCUGAACCCUGCCCAGUGCCUCCUGAGGACCGUGAAGACCCCUAUUCCUGCCAUCUGCUAAAUAUUACUUCCCCCAAGCUUCACCAUGAGAUCCCAGCCUUCAUUGGACCGCUACCCUCUAGCUCCACCCACAGCCAGCUCAGUGUCACCUUCCGAGUGCUCCACCCUAUAAUCAUCACCCGCUUGGGAGCUUGGUGCCCAGGGUCCAACCGCAAUUUUAGCGUCCGCCUUUUCCAGGCUGAACAUGAGGAACCUCUAUGUGGAGCCCGGUUCACCCCACUGAGUCCAGGAACACUGUCACAAGUGUCCCCAAACAGCCCCAGGACAACUUCCUGGGUCACCUCGACCAACCAAGAGUCAACCACUGAAAUCUGUUACAAGCCAGUGGAGCAGUUUAUCCUUCCAGAAGGUUUCCAUGGUACCAUCCGGUGGGACAGCCAUGACCCAGAAGGGUUACCCAUGUGGGGCGUUCAUCAGGUCACCCUGAACAAUGGUGGUGGGGUCCUGCGUCUUAUCACAGCAGAGGAAGGGCUGCUACCCUAUGACUUCUCGCAGGGCGUGGAGGGCAUCGCGGGAGGUUUCGUCUACUCCGUCCAUGAUGGCGAAGCCCUUCUACGGCACCUGCAAACUCGCCCACAGCGCCUGGAAGAGUAUCAGGCCACGCUUACGGCAGAGGAGUCAGACCUGCGGGAGGAGAGCGACACCCAUGGGGACAUCAUCUUUGUGAACUUGGUGGACACUUACCGAAAUGUCCCACGCAAGUUGCUGCUGUUCUACCGUUGGCUGGUGGGUUCCGUAGACUUCGACUUCCUGCUGAAGACGGACGAUGAUUGCUUCGUUGACCUGGAUAAUGUCCUCCGAGCCCUGGAGGCCAGGAAACUGAAGGGGCCCAAUGCUUGGUGGGGCAACUUCCGCCUGAACUGGGGUGUGGACCGCACAGGAAAAUGGCAGGAGCUGGAGUACCUGAGCCCCGCCUACCCUCCCUUCACCUGCGGUUCAGGGUACGUCAUAUCGCAGGAUAUCGUCCGCUGGCUCGCUGACAAUGCCGACCGGCUAAAGACCUACCAGGGUGAGGAUGUGAGUAUGGGCAUCUGGAUGUCCGCCAUCGGCCCUAGGCGCUACCAAGACGAGAACUGGCUGUGUGAGAAGACAUGUGAGGGUGGGAUGCUGUCCUCACCGCAGUAUUCACCACAAGAGUUGUCCGAGUUGUGGCAGAAGAAGGAGCGGUGCGGGAAGGCCUGCGGGGUGUCCUAAUAACCAAAGAUGA